GCGGCGGCGGCGUCUCCUCCUCCUCCUCCUCGGGCCCGGGCAGGCAGCCGCCCCUCGGGGGCUUGCAGGAGGGCGGCCCCCCCCCAGCGACCCCGGCCCCCCGGAGCCCCCGGGCCCGCGGCCGCCGCGCCCGGCCGGGCCCAUGGACACCCCGUCCGUUAUCACCCAGGUGACCAACCCCAAGGAGGACGAGGCCCUGCCCCCCGGAGCCCCCGAGAAAGUGCCCCAAUGCAGCAUCAGCUCGAAGAAGCAGCGGCGACGAAGUAUCUUCAGUUCCUUAUUCUGCUGUUUCCGCCACUACCACGCCGAAACCCCCGCAGCCCACAAUGCCAAUGUGCUGCCCCCGCUGGUGGAGGAGAAUGGAGGCCUGCAGAAGAGAGAUCGGAUGCAGGUCAUCCCCAUCCCCAGCCCGCCAGCUAAUUUCCUGCUCCCUGAGCUGACGCUGCCAGACUACGGGAAGAAGUGUGUGGUCAUUGACUUAGACGAGACACUAGUGCACAGCUCUUUCAAGCCCAUCAGCAAUGCCGACUUCAUCGUACCGGUGGAGAUUGACGGCACAGUCCAUCAGGUAUACGUGCUCAAGCGGCCCCAUGUGGACGAGUUUCUCCAGAGGAUGGGACAGCUGUUUGAGUGUGUGCUCUUCACCGCCAGUCUGGCUAAGUACGCCGACCCGGUGGCUGACCUGCUGGACCGCUGGGGGGUGUUCCGGGCCCGCCUCUUCCGGGAGUCCUGUGUCUUCCACCGGGGGAACUACGUCAAGGACCUGAGCCGCCUGGGGCGGGAGCUGAACAAAGUGAUCAUCGUCGACAACUCGCCUGCAUCUUACAUCUUCCACCCUGAGAACGCAGUCCCUGUGCAAUCGUGGUUUGACGACAUGACGGACACAGAGCUGCUGGACCUCCUCCCCUUCUUCGAGGGGCUGAGCCGGGAGGAGGAGGUAUAUGGGACCCUGCACAAGCUGGGCGGCAGGUAGCUCGUUGCCGCCGUUGCCAACACCCUCUCCCCCCAGCCCGUGCCAACACCUCUGCCCUCUGGGGCCACUGGGUUGAAGACAGAGUUCUCUCUCUCCCGGAGGGACUCUUGGAAUGGAUGGGACGCAUCUGCCAAGCGGACACCUCGCACCAUCCCAGGCCCGCCUCCUCCCGCGGGAAAGGCCAGGCUAAGCGGUGGCAUGUGCGUGUGUCCGAGAGGGGCCACGCCUGUUCCCCCCGUCCCCACUACGCAGACGUUUUUAACCUUGCCCCACCUGCGCUUAGAGCAGUUGACCUGUCUCUGGACUCUUUUCCUACCAAAUGAAGUGCCUUUUUGAAUGUUAUUUUAAGAUAAAAGUUCAUUUUUGUACACUGCAUCUUUCCAGGCAUCUCUUAGUCUUUGUUGUGCAGAUGCUCAAAAAAGGAGGAAAGGGGAAUUCUGCAGAGCCCUGAGAUGGCUGGGAAGGGAAGCCAAUACUUGUGUCCAAAAGCCAAGAUCUGGAAGCGGGGAGUCCCCAUGGCAGGUGAUGGCGGCUCCUGGUUUGGCCCUCCUCCCUGCUCCAGCCCGACACAGGCCCGGGCUGGGCCUGUGACCAUCGGUGCCCUUUGAUACGGGCGGGAUCGAUCAGACAAUGGUAUUUCUUGAGCACUUGCUGUGUGUGGAGCACUGGACUAAGUGCUUGGGUGAGUAAUUCAGUAGUGUUGGUAGAAACGAUCCCUGCCUUUAAGGAGCUGACAGGGACGGAGGCAGGUUGGUCUCCUACCCCUAGCCUUCCCCCAGAGAAAGGGGUUUGCACGUGCCUACUCAAGCCCCCUGCCCGGGCGCCAGCACUUGAGCGCCCUGUGACUGGGGUGGGGGGCCAGGGACACACAAUCUAGUCACUGAUGAGAAAGUCUGUCCAAUCAAAAACCUUCUGGGUAGCCAGGCCCACUGGGCCCCAAGGUUAGGUCUUAUGGGCAGGCAGAAUCCCCAAACGCCCAUGCUCCCUGUGACUGCCAUUGCCGGUUAAGGGGCAGGAUCAUGACGGGUCACAGGGCCGUGGGAGUGGGGAAGGAAAUGACUCCUCUCAGUACCCUUCCCCCUUCUCUGGGGGGAGGCUGGGGAUAGGAGACCUAUCUGCCUCCACACCUAUACCCGGUGCCAUUGUGGGGAACCAUCCCUCGUCGCUGGACUCUAGGCAGGCUAGUCCAGGUAGCAUGGCCACUGCCCAGUUUGCCUCGGGUCGGCCCUCAGAAGGUGCCACCUUGGUGCCAAGAGACAUGUCCCCCGCUGGAGAUGGGGCCAUCCAGACAGCCGAGCUCGGAACCGCUGGGAAAAUGUGCUGGAAACCCGGAGCAGAGAGGCCGGCUCAGGUGGGGCACCUCCUCACCCCAAGUCCCAGUGUCUCCAGAGGAACGGAUCCAACCCCGGGCUCACCUGGCAUGACUGGGCUGAUUAAGGGCCUUGUGCCGGAAGGCUGUGGAGGCCCCCAGUGACAACAUGGCUGUCACUACCGCGAGAACCUGUGAGCACCAGAGACCAAAAGUUGUCGUUGCCUUAACCAUUUGUGGAUGAAUGUUUCUUAUCGGGUGGGGUCCCGGCAUCUCCGUGGAGGGGGUCAUCACCACCGAAGCUCCCAUGGGCGGUCAGGUGAGCUUGGGAGCACCAGGCAGCCAGAUGACCUGCUGGAAGGAUCUCGGGCAUAAGCCACCGCCUGCUGAUGAAAAGCCUGGAGCCGGCAUGCGCAAGGAGUGGAGCCGGCCUGGAUCCUGCAAGCUAGGAGCGUCUGAAGUCCCUAUGAACUACCGACAGGGAAACGCUGGGUGGGCCUCCCCAAUCUGGGAACACCAGCGUGGUCUCGCCUAUCUAGGAACAUCGGUGGGACUUCACUGGUCGGCGUGCCUUGUCCAUCCUGCCCAUCCUCACCCUUCCGAGGCCCGUCGGCGCUGAGCCGCUCUGGCUGGCCAUUGCGGCUUGUCCGCGAAUGAAGCAAUACGGCUCUCUCAGGGCCAGGAAAAUUAGUAGGAUCUUUGUAAGAAGAGAAAUGACAAUAGUGAAUACGGGUAUUUUCAUUGUAACUUUUAUUAAAUCGCUCGUUUGAAAACA